AUGGCGGGCAAACCCCCUAACCCCUCUGGGGCUCAGCUGCUUCAUCUGCACGGUGAAGGGACUGGACGUCUGGCACCAGGGACACGAGGGGCUGCCAGAGAGGAGUGGGAGGGCCCCACGCCCUCACAGCUACACCCACCCCCACCAACUCAAACCCACUUCUGGAUUACUAACCCACCCACUCAGGGACAGGACGCCUACACACCUUCCUGUGUCAUGGCCCGUGAGCAAGGAAAGAGAGGCAGGGAGGGCCACCACGCAGUCAGAGACUUGAGGAAGGUAUGGGACCGGCCAGCCAGUCAGGGCCCUUGGGCCCCAGGUACGUUCGUGCUGGGACUGGGACCAAGGAGGUGCGUAGUGAUUUCUGAAGCGCAGAGCCGGCCAGGGAGGGGAAAGCUGCCCCCAAACCCGCCCCCUCCUUCCUGGGGUCCCAGAGAGCUCGCCUUCAAAAGCCUCCUGGCCAGCUGGGUAGCAGCAGCUGCAGGCCAGCAGUCAAGGAUGAUGGGGCGAGGAUCUGGAGGGUCCAGUGUGCAAUGUCCUCCCCUGUGUUUUGAUGAACUCAUCAGGAAAUGCUUACCAUGCAAUUUGUACCAGACCCCCACGGCUACUGGAGCUGACAACAUCUCCAGCUCCUCAGAGACAGUCACACUGAUGACCCAAGUGUCCAAUACGUCAAUGACUUCAAUCCUCAGGAUGUUUCCAGGCCCAUACUUCCUCCUUGGGAUCCCCAUAGGGCUGGCGCUGGUGCUGGCCAUGCUGUAUGGCCUACUGGUGUGCCUGCUGCAGAGACGGCUGGAGAGGGCCCCUGCUGACGAAGAGGCUUGCCCCAGUAGGGAGCUAGCCCUGGGGCUCGACCCCCCCCCCCACCAAGAACCUAAAGCUGUGCAGACCCAGAACAGCAGCUUGGGUGAAGCCCAGGACCAGCAUCCCUUUCAGGAGUGUGAUGGUGCUCCUGAGCCCAGCUCAGCGCCCGGCCACAGCUUCCCGGUGCCCGCCACGGAGCUGGGGGCCAUGGAGCUUGUCACCACCAAGACCACCACCACAGAGCUGUAGUGAAAGAACCCGGCUAGGAAAGGGCUGGCUCCAGCCCCUCCACCUGCUCCACCGGGGCUUGGGAACCCCCUCUUCCUUUCCUUCCAAAGGACUAAGAGCACCCUUCCCCGGGGGGUCUGUGGACCUCCUGCCUCCCAGGUCUACUUCCAGAGAUGGCGUCUCUGUAGGCUCCCACAGAGAUGGCACAGUGUAAUGGGCCUUCAAGCUCUGGGUUCAAAUGUUGCUACUCAAUAGUUGUAGAAUGUUGGCCUUCUCUUUUCCUCCUUAGUUUCCCCCUAGGUAAAAUGAAGGGAGUGUGUGUGCCUAGAUCCUUGUAAAGUUCCUCCCAGUUCCAAGUGGAUGAUCCUUCCUGGGCUGUCUUCCAAGCCCUUCUCCCUGACAACCCUGCCCUAAGCCCUGGCAGUCAGCCAGCCCUGCCGCAAAAAUGCUUUCAAGGGAGGUCUGGGUGCUCCGAAGAUUUCCUCUAUGCCCAAGGAAGGGGACCCAAGGACAAUGGUCAGGGCACCCCCACUUAGGGCCCUUUGACUCUGACCUUUCACCCCACUUUCCUGAUUUACCUUCAUGUUCUAUCUCUGCUGCUCACCUUGGCCCUUUGACCUGGGGAACAGUGGGGUGCAAUGGAAAGGGGGCCUAUUUCUGAGUCUGAAUCCUGGCUCUGCCACUGGUGACCUGGGUGAUCUCUCAUUGCCUCAGUUCCCUCCUUUGUAAAAUGAGCUCUAGGAUUAUGAUCUUUGCUCCCUCUAGUCCGUUCUAUACUUGUUACAUAACAGGGAAUUUGAGUCCCAUGAAUGCCUCGAACUCCCCACAUGACCUUUGGAAAAUUCCCUUCUCUCUCCCUUCAGCUCCCUUCACUGUGACCUUGGUGAUCCCCAAGGUCCAUUUCCAGCUCAAAAUCCUGCAAUGCUAGAAAGUCUUCCCUUCAUUCAUUUCCUGAGGCAAGAUGGCCCCAGGCAGCCCCCAGCCAAAGACAAGUCUGGGAAGCAAUUGUGGUCACCUUGGAAUUGUAAGGAAGCAACAGUUGAGGUCUGUUUCAGGAAGUUCAGCUGGGUUCACCCAUGGUUCCAAUUGUUCUCAGGGAGAGAAAAAAAUGUCAGCCCACUUUUACAAAGUAGCCGAGCGAGUGAGAUGCUUGCGACAAGGUAAUAAGCUAUUUGAGGUUGGUUUCCAAGCGCAGGGAGUUAGGCAGGAAAAGUGGGUCAGGUCCCCAACAAAACCCCUUAACUUGCUUGGAAGCCAGGGAUUCAUGGCUCUGUAGUCUGACACAGAUCUCCCAGAAUCCUUCUCUCAAAAGGACUGUUAUGCAAAGAGUCUCCAAUUAGGGGGGAGUCUCUCUCCUCUCUUUGUCUCUGUCUCUGUCUCUCUGUGUACCUUUCUCUAUUUGUCUCUGUCUGUCUCUCCUCUCUACUUGCAUACAUAUAUACAUGCAUAUUAUAGCUAGAAGAGGCAAACCAAGAAUUUACUAAGAUUCUCAAGGAAGCUAAUCAAUAGCUUUUCUCUAAUAAGUCACAGAUAAAUAGGUAAGAGCUUUUGGCAGCAAAGAUGUCCCGAAGCCCUGGGAUGGGGUGAGGUGGGAUGAGAGUAGAGACUUCUGCACUCCCGUAAUUGAGAAAGAGACGGGCUUCUCCUUUAAACGAAACAAGGAAAAUGAGUGGAUUAAGCCAAAAUCCAUCAGGAUUGAAAGUGCUUAAUUGGUACCUAGCUGUUUGUAUUCCUUUAUAUUUUAUACCUAUCCCGAAUGGUCUCUUCAGGUAGAUGCCAGAUGAACUCCUUCAGCUCCAUCACAGGCAGGUCUAGCAGACGGCGGUGGCCACAACCAGCUCUGGCUUCUGUGAUUCUAUGAUAUCAUACCCUUGCCUACCAAACAGGAAUGUUGAGGAGGGAAAUGCGUAAAUCUUGAAGUGAUGUGUAAAGGGUUCACAGUGUGAAAUGCGAUUCUUUUUAAAUAUGUGCAAUGAGAGUUAUUUGUAGCCAGUUCGCCAUUAGAGUUUGAGACUUCAAUAAAGAGUUUGUUUUUAUUGAAAAAUGCAA